AUGGAAAAAAAAUUUGACACCUCACCAUCUUCUCCCCCCUUAAUUCCAAUAACACUAAUUCUCAAGUUUGAGAGAGGUCGAGGAGAAAUUUAUCAACUCGUUCACUGUCCCGACCAUCCUCCCAAUGCUGGCCGGUAUACAACCGCUCAAGUAAUUGCUCGACAGGACCAAAACAGAAACCGACAAGUUACCCAAGUUAAGCGACAGACAGAACCGAAAUCGGUUGUGGUUGAGGAAAACUGCGUCGUGGUCCUCGUCGAAGACCUUCGGCGGCACGAGGUCCUCGAACUCGUUGACCAGAGAUUCAGGAACUUGAGCGACGACAACUUCAACAGCAUUCCCCCAAAAUCGUCGAAAAAUCGGUUGUUGCUCAGGUUGAUCUCAAAAACUAGCCAGAGCCUCGCGAAGGUUUUGGGUACGCCGCCGCAGAAUCCGUUGGAAUUGACGUUGAAUGAGGCCAAAUUCGUGAGCAGGUCGAGCUCUGGUGACAGAGAGCCGACGAUGUCCGCUUUGUUGAGGUCGAUUCCGACGACCAUCGUGAGAGAUCUAUUCGCCGGCGAAGAAGCACAUAAGACAUCUUGA